AUGCCUACUAUCAAGAAGCUCUGCCGCGUUUUAGGCAUCUCGCACCCUGAGGACCAAUCUACAUGCAUCGGAUACUGUGUCAACAAACCGACCUGCCGAAAUCUAGUAGCAGGGGCAUCUCGUUCCGCGGCUACAAGGGAACUUGUGGAUAUCUGCGAUGCUCUGGCGCGGGGGGUCAACCCCUCAAGGCUAGGAGCGCAGUUGCAAAAUGUAGCAAAACUGCUUCAUUGCAAAAGGAGUAGAGACCACCAGAGCCAGGCACCCUCGAAAGCCCAGAAAUGGGGUGACAGAGUGAUCGAAUAUGUGGAGGAAAGACAGGAUGCAGGACGCUACAUAAGGGUUCAGCCUCGAAGGUCUACUUCUUCUAGUCAACGCCAGCUCGGCAACAUCCAUGUCGUAUCACCGACGAGAACAGCAAUAUCGCUCUCAUCAAUCGGAGACGAGGACCUUCUCGGCGAGUUGGCCGCCCGCUUCGAGUUACGAAGUCAGACAAUCAGGUCCAUUGAGGCCAUUAUGGCCGGCUCCUAUUACCGAAUGGACAACCGAACGGCACUGUCGCCAGCCACUGAAGCAGCCUCUGGAAGACAUGGCGGUGACGUAUAUGAUGAAGAGGGAUAUUCCUCAGAUGAGACAUCCGGCGAAGACGAAUACUCUUCAGAUGAAGAGUCCGAAGAAGAACCAUCUUCGGACGCGAGAUUCCUAAGACAUGCCGCCUCCGGGCAUGCUGCGCGACCUGUCCUUCCACCACCAUCUCCCCCUCGCGGACCGUUGCUCUCGUCGUCAUCGUCAGGAGGUAGCGGUAGCGGUACCCGCACUUCCCGCUCCUCGUCUUCGUCUUCAUCCUUGUCCCGGACCAGCCGCGCAACAUCCCCAUCCUCGUCCCCUGCCGAAUCCGAAUGCGGUAUCUGCCUGUGCGGCAUGCCAUCUCAGAACCAAAGGCAAAGCAACAGUAGCAUCUGGCGCUGUGCAACGUGCCACAACGCCACGCACGCCAUCUGUUUUGAUGAGUGGAUGGCAAGGUCCACCAGGGAUCGCGUGACAUGUAUUUACUGGUACGUUCUCUCGUCCCAUCCUCUCGUCUCAGUCCUUGAGAGAUAUGUGAAGAAGAAGUACACCCAAAGUUUUUACAUGUUCUAA